AUGAGCACUUGGGUUGUCUCUGCUAUCGAAUCACGCACUUCUUCACACGAUGCCGGCAUCUCCAUGUCACCAUGGAGUGGUUAUGUUCGAGAUAACAACCUGUGUCUCGACGUUGACUCACCUCUGCAAGCAAAGAGAAGCCUCACCCUGCUUUCGAAUACGAUUUACAUACCCGAGAGCCUACCCGUCUGCAAGUCCAUCCUGCGACCCGUCUCAGCCCAACGGCGAUUUGAAGUUCGCGCGCCUCCGGGUCUCCUCAAAAUACCCGAUACCCCCACAGAACGCUGCUGUGACUCCAUUCCUGCUGGAUGGAGUAGACAUAGUCGACGAACGCCAACCGCGAAUGACCGUGGGGGUACACGGUUGAGAACAAGCCGGUCUCGUGCAUCUCAACGGCCUGGUACCCGGGACGGCGUGCGAACAGCUGGAUGGUGUUUUGCCGACUUCAAGCCCAAAUUCCCAUGA